UGGAAGCACUGCCCCUGCCAUUCUGUGGACUGGUUCGCUGGCCCUGCGUUGUCUGAACCAUGUGCUCAGGCGGUUUCGCGAAAUGCAUUGGGAUCACCCUCAUCCCCCUGGCUAUUGUCUGCGUCCUUUGCAACAUCCUGCUCUUCUUCCCCGGAGGGCUGCCAGCGGACAGCAACGACCACAUCACCGAUGAGGUGUGGUACUUCGGGGGUAUCCUUGGAUCGGGGCUUUUGAUGAUCUUCCCUGCCCUUGUGUUCCUGGGCCUGAAGAAUAAUGACUGUUGUGGUUGCUGUGGCAACGAGAGCUGUGGAAGACGCUUUGCGAUGUUCACCUCUAUCAUCUUUGCUGGCGUGGGAGUGCUGGGAGCUGGCUACUCCUUCAUUGUGUCGGCGGUGGCAAUCAACCGUGGGCCCAUAUGCUUUGUUGAGCAAGGGAACUGGACAUACCCCUUUACUGAUGGGGACUAUCUGUCCAACCACACGCUGUGGGAGCAAUGCAAGUCCCCAGACGGCAUCAUCCCCUGGCACCUCACCCUCUUCUCCCUGCUCCUGGUGAUGGGCCUCGUUCAGGUGACCCUCUGUGCCCUGCAGAUCAUUAACGGGCUUUUUGGCGCCAUCUGUGGGGACUGCUGUGGCUGCUGCAAGGGGUCAUAUGGAGCCGUGAUGAUGAGUCCACCAGGAUGGGUCAGUAUGCUGUACCCACACUGAGCAGAUACCGACAGCAAUGGAUACCACUCACCCUUGACUGAGAGACACACAAUGAGCACAUCAACAGCAAGGUGAUAAUUGUACAUUCUGCAUAAUUAGAGAUAUCAGAACUCUUUCCUUACCAUCUACAUAAAGACCAAGUUGGCAAAGCUUUGUGGCUUACUGUGCAUUGUUGCAGUUGUAUAGAACCGUACUGUAAUUUACUCUACUGAAAUGGCAUGCCUUACAGUCCAAAGUUAUCAGGCUACAACCUCAACUAUACUUUUAACAGAUUAUGGCUAGCCCUUAACUGCUGGUAGGACUGAAGUAUGCACAUCGUCUUAACUCAUCUAGUAAUGUGUUUGCAUUGCAGUUCAUACACUUAUUGACUUAGGUGAUUCCACAUUGUCUUGUGUGGCUCUAUACUGCUGGUUGCAUUUUACUUGCUUACAUGCCAUUUCGGCACCAUUUUAAUGUUUUUUAAGAGCCAAAUAAGGUUUUCCAAAUUA